CUCGCCGCUACGACAAAAACUUGGAUUCUCUCGUUUCUUUUUCGUCUUUCGUCUUCCACGCACAUUUAUGGUUUGUUUUGCUCACACACACACUCAUCCCAUAGAAAAGCCUACGCAGCGGCAGAAAGAGAGGGCACAAGCAGCAGAGAAAGAGACGAAACAUGUCUCGGAUGAUGAUAAACGCCUCUCGUCUAUUUUGGCGGGUCCAUGAAUGAAACAAUUGCUCCGAAUGACUGACUGCCAGACAGACAGCUACAAACUGCCCUUACGGGGGGCAAAUUGGGGUAUUUUGGGUUUUGGAGGCUUUGAGGAACCGGGACCUGAGGGCCCGGAAAGCCGACAGCAAUAAAUGCUGUGCUACGACAAAAGUCUGAUGAGACAGACCAUCAUGAUGCUCAUCAUCGUGGGCGAUAAUAAUGAUUUUCAUUUGCACAUUCCACCCGCUUCGCUGUUGCCGGCUUCCAGCAUUCAGAUUCAGUGUGCAUUCAGUGGGGCAGGUUAUUUAUGGCACUUUUCCUAUCGCCACUCACUGGGGUAAUCGAUUUUUAUUGGAUUAAUAUUGCUUUCCGCAUGAUUUGGCCUUCUUUUCGUUAUCACUUAGCAGGUUUCUUGACGCUGAGGAGUGGACAAUGACUAAGACUCAGUCAACUGGAAAAGCUGGACCAAGGACAUCCAUAUAUGGCGGAAUAGAAGGACACGUCUUAUGUGACAAGUGCUGGCUAAACGUCUGUGGUUAUCGCAAUCAUUUUCGAUUUUCGAACCCCAUCCCUGUUGAAAAAUCAGCCGGACAGCAGCAACCACCGAACACAAGACACAGGACGACCGGAAGUGAGGAAAACGCUUGUAAAAUCGGUCGCACACGAGUGCGAGCGAGACACGAGCGAACGGGCCGAAAGGAAACGACAAUUACGAGGACACGCCGGCUUGCUUUUCUGCUUUUCCUGUCUGCUCCUUUCAGUUGCGGCCGUGCAAUCGUCGGGUCAACAACGCCGCGUGUCCGAUUUCGAUCUACAAAUGAAAAUAUAAAUCUUCACAUCUGUAUUUGGUUUCAUCUUUAUCUGCAUCUAGAUCCGCGACACGGCAUAAUUUUCAGCACUUUUGGAUAAUGGCGAUUCUGUGCGACCUCGUAAACGUAUACUGAAUGUAUCCUGAGUGUAUCCUAUCCGGUAUACCUUCAGUAUACGUAACACGAGAUAGCACGAGCAACGUGGGAUGUGAAACACUUUUAAUACACUUUAAUACACGUAGCACUUUGUUAUAUGGUUUUACACUUUUUUAAAUAUCUCUACUAAGAAAUACAUAAUUUAAAUAUAAAUACUUCAAUAAAUGCCCGAUAUAAAGUUAAA